UGGCCUUAAAGGGAAUGGACAGCUAUUAACACUGAGCAUGUGUUACUGUAACCUGGGACCUCCAAAUGGGUCAUUAUUGGGAGACCUUGUUGCCAAUACUGCCAUCAGAGAUCUCUUUUUGGAUGGCAACAACUUACAAUGUGAAGGAGCUUGUGAACUUAUCACAUUUAUUGCAGAUUAUGCAGAAAACAUGGCCAGGAUGAAAUUUGGUGCAUCGACACAUUUUGAGGAGGAUCCAUUAACACACUCCCUGGAAGGGAAACAUAAGCAGGAACUCCCACAGAUUGCUCCCUGGUUAUCCAGAUUGCACCUGACAGAUAACAGCAUUGAUGGAAGAGGAAACAGCAGCACCAUGGGUCCAAUAAUGUUUACUGAAAUAUUGUGUCAGCUGAUCAAGUUUUCAGAUCAUUUGACAGAAUUGGAUCUGGAUAAUAAUUGCCUGGGUGAGCUGUGUGGAAAAGAAAUACUGAAAGCCUUAAGGGAGAGGAAAGAAGCAAAGCUGCAGAGUUUAAGUAUCAAAGUGACGGCUCAAAUGAAUGAGGAUACUUUUAGCAACAUUUUGAACAAUUCCAAAAAACUGAAGAAAAGUAAAAGAAAGAAGGUAAACAACAGCAUGGAAUAA